UUGGGGACAGUAGGAAGAUGGCGGCUGCUCCGCUAUACUGUGUCUGCCGGCAGCCCUAUGAUGUGAGCCGGUUUAUGAUCGAAUGUGAUAUCUGUAAGGACUGGUUUCACGGCAGCUGUGUCCACGUGGAGGAACACCAUGCGGCCGAUAUUGACGUCUAUCACUGUCCCAACUGCGAUGUCCAGCAUGGACCCUCCUUGAUGAAAAAGCGCAAUAACUGGCAUCGCCAUGACUACACGGAGCCAAGUGACGGCACCAAGCCGGUGCAGGCGGGGACGUCGGUGUUUGUGCGGGAGCUGCAGGAGAGGAGCUUUCCCAGUGCGGAUGAGAUUGUCCUGAAAAUGCAAGGGCAUCACGUGACCCCAAAGUAUUUGGAGAAGCAGGGGUUCAACCACCCCAUCAUGUUGCCCGAGUUUGAGGGAUUGGGUCUCAAGCUGCCCCCUCCCUCCUUCUCCGUCAAAGACGUGGAGGAGUGUGUGGGGGGUGACAAAGUCAUUGAUGUCAUCGACGUUGCCAGACAAGCAGACAGCAAAAUGAAGCUCAAAGAGUUCGUCAAGUAUUACUACCAGCCUCAGCGACCAAAAGUGUUGAACGUCAUCAGCUUGGAAUUCUCAGACACAAAGAUGUCUGACUUGGUGGUGGUACCGGAUGUCGCUCAGAAGAUGUCCUGGGUGGAGAACUACUGGCCGGAUGAUUCCUUCUUCCCCAAGCCCUUUGUGCAGAAGUAUUGCCUGAUGGGGGUGAAAGACAGCUACACUGACUUUCACAUAGACUUUGGGGGCACGUCGGUGUGGUACCACGUCCUUUGGGGAGAAAAGAUAUUCUACUUGAUCGAGCCGACCAAGGCAAACCUUGCACUUUACGAGGCAUGGAGCUCCUCUGUCAAUCAGAGUGAAGUAUUUUUCGGGGCGAAGGUGGAGAAGUGCUACAAGUGCGUGGUGCGGCAAGGAACCACUAUUCUCAUUCCCACAGGAUGGAUCCAUGCCGUUCUCACCUCUCAGGAUUCUAUGGCAUUCGGAGGAAACUUUCUUCACAACUUAAACAUAGGCAUGCAGCUCAGGUGCUAUGAAAUGGAACGACGUCUGAAGACCCCUGACCUCUUUAAGUUUCCCUACUUUGAGGCAAUCUGUUGGUAUGUGGCCAAGAAUCUCCUGGAGACAUUGAGAGAAUUGCGAGAGGAUAACUGUCCGCCCCAAGCCUACCUGGUGGAAGGGGUCAAAGCUUUAAUCAGUGCACUGAAAACAUGGCUUAAAAGAGAGGUGACCGAGCCCACCAGUGAGGUUCCUGACCAUAUCAGACCACACCACCUGGUCAAGGGGCUCACCAAGGAAAUCCGCUACCUGGAGGAGGACCAAGGCAGUGGCGGUGGACACAAGCCAAUGAAAACUCAGGGAAUUGGGGGUUGUCCCCUGACUCGCUCCACGCUCGAGCGUGGGUGCCACGCCAGGCGGGCGGCUCGGAGGCUGCGGGAGCAGCAGCAGCAGCAGCAGCACCAGGCCCCGAAGCUGUCCUCCAACCUGGACGUCCUGGAGCGGCACACGCGCGAGGUCCUGAAGAGGCUGGAGGUCGGCCCUCUGGAGGAGGAUCCAGAUUUUAGCACAAGGGUGCAUGGAAAGUUCAACAAAGUCUCCAUGGCUUCUGCGGUCACGAUCGAGAAGGGCUUGGACAAUAAUCUGCACCUGGUGAUGAGCAAUGGCAGAAUUGUCAGAGACCAACGGCCUCGUGGUUUAAUGAAGACUUCGGUAAAGACUGAGAACGGGAAUAUGUUGACAUACCAACUUAAGCAGGUCAAGACAGAAAGGAUCGAUUCGGAUGAAGAGCAACAUUGCUCAACAGAUACUCACACAAGUACUCAGCCAGAACUCAGGGGAGAAAUGUCUGGUGUUUCGGAUACCGAAUCGGAGGACAGUGGAAGCACAGAGCGGAGGGAUUCCUCCUCGGAUGAAGAUUCAGGGAGUUCAGAGGAUGAAAAGGACGACGUGGAGGGCUCGAUGGAGGACUCAGGAAGCAUGAUGGGGCACCAGGCUAACACAAAACACAAUCAUAAACACAGGCCACUCAAAAGAGAACGUCCUACCUCACCAAGCACAGAAGAAGCCAUUCAGGGCAUGCUGUCCAUGGCUGGGCUGCUCUGCCCACAGCGGCCUGACGAGGAUGGCAACUCGCAGGAGCCAUGGUGGUCCCAAACGGUUCGCCUCUCGCCGGAACACCGAGACAGGCAGCCGCCGUCCGGGCCCGAGAGCAAGGUCUUCAUGGACAGCCAGGGCAACAGUAGCAGCGAGGCCUGGGACCACCACGAGCUCCCGCCCAGUCCCUUGCGCCAAGAAGACAGCCCGAGGGGGGACUUCCAGUACCGGGAGAGCUCCAUGUCCCCUCCCCUGCACCCUUCCAAGAGACAUGCUUCCAACCCCCCUCCCAUCAGCAAUCAGGCUACUAAAGGCAAGCGUCCGAAGAAAGGAAUGGCUACAGCUAAGCAGAGACUGGGGAAGAUCCUGAAACUCAGUAGACACAAUCGUCUCUUUGUGUAGUAGGAAGAUUCAGAGGAGAUGUCGACGGAGUAGAGCGGCGCUGUCUUUUUUGGGCUCAAUGAUCUGCUCAUCUUUGGAUUAGACACGUAGAACUUAACACACACAAAAGCCACGAAAGCUACAUCUGAGGCAUGCGCACCGUCUACACCCCACACAUACAUACACACACACACACAGACACGCACACACAUACACGCACGCUCACUGUGCAUGCUAAUGAGACAGGGUAUGUUUGAUGGAAGCAAGCACAUUGCUGCACCUGUUCAACACCCAGAAGGUGGAGCAAAUGAAAAAAAAGAAAUGAUUAAAAAAAAAGAGAAAAGAAGAGGAUAUGUUCUCGACACUGCAGGGACCGUGGGAAAUUUACAAUGGUUGUGACACUUUUUGUUUUUUUCUUUUUUAAUUCAUGAGCUCUCCAACAAUUUUUGCCCGAGAUGUUGCCAAGAAUAAAGGAGCCUCCUUCCACAUUGGCAUCACAUAAGUCGAAUCGUCACACCAGUUACAACCAGCCUGUAUUGCAUUUUUUGCAUUGUUUUUUUUUUCCUCUCGUCUCCAUACUAUUGGAGCUUCCACUGUUUCCCUACCUCCAUGACACCCUGUAGCGCCGAGGUGAGCGAGCCUCGUGCUUUUUGAGGCCAAGGACAAUCAAGGACAAACUCCGCACGGAGGACAGGCUGUGUGGCCUGUUGAGGUUUAACACUGGGGUGGGGGAUCACCUAGUUGUGAGGUUGGUCUCUCUCGCUUUCUCUUUCUUUCUGUCUAUCUAUCUCUCUAUCUAUCUGUCUAUCUAUCUAUUUAUCUAUCUAUCCACUUCUACCUUUACAUCUGUCUUUAAGCUAGAUAGCUGUCUGCCUGUCUCUCUCUCUCUCUCUUUCUUCACAGGGGGUCCUUCUAGACCUUGAGAAGGGAAAGGUGCUAUGGUGAUAAACUGGAAAAUUCCUUAAUGGUGCUGAAGUUUGUGUGUCCUGCGUGUGUCUCCUCUUCCCCCGCCCCCUAUCUCAGUCACACCAGCAAUAAUGAUGACCUGAUGUUGAGUGGAGUGAACUUAGGUCCUAGAGGGCAUUCUCAUGCACUAGUCUUCCUCUGAUCCGCCACUAUUCACCUCUUGUAAUGGAAUGUACAAGUCAUUUGUACACAUGUAUUUUUAUCAUUGCAGCCAUCACAGUUUUUGCCGGAAUGCUCUAACAUUUUGCAUCCGUGGAAUUGUUGUGUAUU